CGCUUUUUCUUUCACUCCCUUUCUUCUUCUUCUUCUUCUUGGUGCUUGCUUGAUUGUCGACUUGUUUGUUUGCCAACUUCGAGAACUGUAGUCCUACCAUCCCCAGAUUGAUUGAUUGAUUGACUGACGCUGCGCUGCGUGGCCCGCUUAACACCACCUCGGCUCCUCCUGAUUAGCGUAAUCACUCUCGCUUUUCUUUUUCUUUCUCAUUCCUUGUCCACACUGCUGAUGAGAUCCAGUCCAGCGGUCAUGAGUAUAAAUCCCGAGAGCCCCGCGGAGAUUUCUUCGCUGCCGUGUUACUUUUCCUUGCGGCUGCUUGAUUCGAUUUCUUGCUCUCUUUGUCAAGCGUCGCGCAUCAAAGUCACUGACCAGCUCAGCUCAGCUCCGCCCGGUCUCGCUCUCAAAACGUUUCGCUUUCUUUUUCAACACCACGCAGAGCUACUGGUCCAUUUUCAACCCCCCGUGCUGUUCCAAAGUAGAGCUCCCAUCCACCCGGGACGCAAUUUCCGACACUUCCUCCAGAGCAGUGGCGCUAGACUCGAAGGUAUUUCCCAGCGCCAGUUCGAUUGCUAGAAAGAGAUCGUCGUCAUCCAUCCAGUUUCAGUGGUGAAAAGCGUUGCUGGCUCUCCUCUGCGAGCACUGGACAUAUAUGCGUACUCCCUGUAGUAUUUACCAUGAGGAGCUGGAAGAAAGUUGCUACUUUUAUGCUGCUGCUCUGUUGCUUCUACGUUUUCCAGCCGACUCAAGUGUCCUGUGCUCGGAUUCCUGCCCAAGAUGAAAACCAGGCCAAAGUCGCAGUAGCUUCCGAGUCUCCUGUUCACCAUUUCCUGCGAUGCAAGGAAGGAAGCAGCAGCUGCGGGAGUGACUUCCAAGCCGAGAAGCUGCACUCGGUACCAUCGGGGCCGAAUCCAGUCGGGAAUUCACUGCCGGGGAAGUUCCUCGUCACCAGAAGAUCUCCUCCUCCAUUUCCAGAAGGAAUUCCACACCCGUGAGAGCACGAGAGGAGAGUUCGGAAGUACCACGUCAAAGUCACAAGUGCCUUGGAUAGGAUCGAUUCUUCUGUUUGGAUUCGGCAGCAAGAUCUCCUUUAAGGAAACUGUACAUAGUUUGAUCUCGUCACAACAAGUUUUGUAGUGGUAAAGUUGGAAUCAAACACACAGAGAGGAAAAGAAGAACAACAAAAAGAACAAAGAAAAGUCACAGCUUUGUUCUCUUCCAAACUAUUCGAACAUCUGAUACACGCAAAGAGUGGAAAGAUGAAAGAAUAAAACAGGAUGCUUUGGCUGAAGAGCUGGCUAAAAUCGUAGAGCAAUUCUCUCAAAUCUCGCAAGAAGAAAGCGCAAGGAAGAAGAGAAAUUCUUGCGCAGGAAGAAAACGCAAGGAAGAAGGGAAAUCCUUGCACAAGAAGCAAGCA